UAUAUUUCCCUGACAACAGUAACAUCGUCAACAAACAGGGAGGCCAUUACAGACAGACCAAAUGCGCAGCUAACAAAGUACUGAAGGGACAUCAUUUCCAAUCACAAAGAAAAGCAAAAAAGCGCUAAGAUUUGAGAAUGUCCAAGAUUGUGACUGUUUUUGGUGCUGACAAGUGUCAAGGGAAAGCUGUAGCCACCGCCUUGCUCCAAGAUGGUGAUUUCACAGUGCGGGCUGUAGUUCAAGAGUUAAACUCUCCCACCGCUCAGGAACUGCACACAGCAGGGGCACACCCAUUACUUGUAGACUUCAACAAUCCUGACAGCAUCAGCGCCACUUUGUGUGGUGCACACAAGUGCUUUGUCAUCACCCAUACAGAUUUCAACAACAAGGAUCCUCUGAGGGCUGAAAUUCAGCAGGGCCACAGGAUAGCUGACAUGUGUAAGCGGCACGACAUCAGACAGAUUGUGCUUAGUGGAGCUCAUCAUGUUCACAGGAAAUACAGUCUCCCAGCAAGACACAUGGAUGCAAAGGCCUGCAUCAAUGAUUACAUGAAUGAAAUUGGUUUGCCCAAGACUGAGAUUAUAGUUCCAUUUUACUUUGAAAGUUUUCUGACAACAUUCAAACCAAAUCCAGUCGGAAAGAACAGUUAUAAAAUUGCCAUUCCAAUGGGAGAAGCAGCCAUGGAUGGAAUAAGUAUCAACCAGAUUGGUCCGAUUGUAACGACCUUAUUUAAAGACCCAGAGCGCUGGAUAGGAAAGAGCUGCUUUCUGUCAGCAGGCAGGCUGAAAAUCCAGGAGUAUGCACAAAUCCUCACCCAUCACCUACAUCCUAAACAGUUUAAAGAUUCCCGGAUUUCAGUCCGAGAGUUUGUGGAGUUCUUUCCAGGACCAGAAGCUCAGGACCUUGGAAACAUGUUUGAAUUUUGGAAGCGAGGUGGACAGAAAAUGAACUAUGCUUUGACCCUAGAACUGUAUCCAGAGUUACAACAAUUCAAACAGUGGGUUUCAGCUAACAGUACCUUACUCAGGACUGCUCUGGAUAGUGAUCAGGCAGUACUGACAGACUGAUGAAUGCGUUUCGAUAAAGAGUAAUUGCAGUUUCUGAAUCUUUUACGGAAAAUUAAACAAAUUGGUUAUGGGAUGCUACUGGAGGAUAUCACUGACCAUGUUUAUCAAAUGUUGGCUCUCAGAAAUAAAAUGCAUUCUUUUUCA